AGUCUAUGAUUCAUUCAUUGACUCAGAGUCAAUGGUUCGUUUCAGACUUUUCUGAACGUGCAGUGAAACUUACAGGAAGUUAGUGCUAUCUGUUUUUCUUCAGUUUAUUGCACAGGAAAAUGUCACAGCUGAGCAGUUGGGCUGGGUGUGCAGGAAAUAAGUCACGAAAGACAACCUACAUCUAAAAUAGGAAGAGAUCACUGAGCCUGUGGCUGUGCAAGGUUACUUUUACUUCCUGCUUUGUACCUAUUCACACAGUACUGCAACACUGCAAUAUUGAGUAUUGACGAUGCAAGAUACUCUGCUGCGAGUGUUCUGGGUGGGUCUGGGUCUCCUUAUGUGUCCGAGGGAUGACCCCGGGGUGGAGGAAGAAUUGGGUGAUAUCAACACAGUGGGAAUGCAAAAGCACGACGAGAAGCUGCUGAGGGAGGAAAAGAAACUAGACCAGGAAAUGGCACCUGUCCGUCAGAAAAUAACACAUAAUGACGACUAUGAUGGUCACAAAUUACCAGAAGGGGGACAUUUUAUAGCAAGUCCAGAGUCCAGAAACGAAUCUGGCCAUGAGCUAGAGGGAAGCUUACGGUUGGACGCGAGGAGUAAACAGAGGGAAGACAUUCAGACUGAACCAAUCAGACCACAGGGGCAACAACAAAAGCCAGAGGAGAUGGAAGACUUCAGCUCCAAAGAAGAAGCAUCGUCUCUGUCAGAAGGCCACAUCAAGUUGUCAGAAAAUGAAACAUCAGAGAAGGUUAUCAGUGACUCGGGGGAGGAUUACCUCUGGUACAUAUGGAAUACAUUCUCCAUUAUUUCCAUGAUCCGCUUCUUCAACAAAUACUUGAGAAAAAAUUCCCAGAUGAAACAAGGUGAAGCCAAGACCUCUUUCUCAGGGACCUGCAUCGCUGGUGAAGUGCCACUACCCGACAGUGACACUCUGCAGAGUUUUCAUUCUAAAUGUGUUCAAGCCUCAUCCAAUAAGAAGUGGAGGGAGGAUGAAUUUUUGGAAGGGUUUGCUACUCAGAUGGUGGAGACCAUGAGGACCAUCUGUGAUAGAAAUGGAGGUAUGGUGAUUGGGGACUGUCAGAUGUUGGAUGCAUGUGAUAUAAUUGUUCCUAUCAACCCGCCUGAGCCUUAUAGUUUCCAGUACCUUCUCAGGAAUAACCAUGCGAGUGACCUGCAGCCGGAUAUCCCAAUCUGUGGUCAAAUAAAAGUGGUGGAAAAUAAGAAAAUCCAAAAUGGCUGCCCCUGCCAGUCCUAUGAUGCAGAUGAUGAUAUGGUUUGCCUGCUGCAUUGUGAGAAUGACAAAGUAAAGACAAAAGCUGCUGAUGUUUGCGAUGGUAUGCUUUGCUUGAAGAACACGCCUUUCCUGUCAAAAUCUCAGGUUACCAGGUGGUUUCAGAGCACUAUCAAACAAGCAUGGGCACUGAUUUCAUACAAGUAUGAAUUUGACCUCAGCAUUUGUAACGUUGAUGCUCCGGGUGCUCUGGUUGUUCGAUUCAGAUCAGGGAAGAAGGUUAGCUUCAGCAUGAAUCCUGUAGUUAAAUUAAACACUGCUGCUCAUUUCUACAUCACACCUUGUUCCCCAAACAACUUGGACACUUUCUGGACACUCUCCCUGACCAUCUACGAAGAUCAGCUCUUAGAAGGCCUCUCUAAACGGCUGCCUUUAAACUCCUGCCACACUCAAACUCUUGAAAUUGCACGUUUCCUUCACAAGAGACAGACAGCACUGUCUGGAAUUAGUGCGCUCAAGGAUUUUCAUUUCAAAACUGCACUAAUGCAUCUGCUUCUGACCAAAGACCCAUCACAGUGGAAACCAAAUGAUGUGGCUUGGAGGCUACGAGACUUACUGGACUUCAUGGAGAGAAGCCUGGAGAAAAAGCUCCUGCACCAUGUUUUGAUUGGGAACCCUUUAACCAAGAAUAUUAUUCAACUCCCUGCUGAGUUUACUCAAGCAAAGCCAGUUAAUCUCUUCCAUCCCCUUGUGGUACAUGACUGUAUCUGCAGAAAUGCUCUGAUGCAUUUCCAGGAAAUGCUCAGAAACACACACAUGCUGAUACAUGAUUAUGUUGAUAAGUGUCAGCCAUUUGAGAAAAUGUAGUUUUG